UCGACACACAGUUGUGAAAAUGCUUGUAUUUUUGGUUUAUACUCAUAUUUUAUUAGUUAAAGCAUUCAACGACUCUAAUAUUAUUAUUACUCGCGCAGGUCACAGUGAUAUAGAUAGAAUAAUUCCAGAGAAGAUUACAAAUAAAGAAGAAAAGCAGAAUAUAGAUCAACCUAUAGAUUCUGACGUUGUUUUUGUGCCAAACAGCGAAACAAGGGGAAAUGAAAGACACGAAAAUUAUAACAUUAACAGAGUUACAGAGAGAACAAUAGAGAAAACAGUUGCAGAACAAUCAGAACAAUCAAAAGACGUUAUAUUCAUAACUGGAAAGAACAAUGAGGACGUGGAAAAAAUAAACAAACAUACAAUACAAAAACAGAGCGAGACGGGUAGAGACGUUUUCGUGAGAGGGAAGGAGAAGCACAAUGAUGUGGUGGUACAGAGGAAAAACAUGCCCUUGGACUGUUCUAAUGUAAUAUGCAAUAAUACUCUACAUUCACUGUGUGGUGAAAGGAAGGAUCAAGGGAUCUCGAAAUAUAGACUGUUCAGGAACGAAUGUUAUCUUAGAAAAGUAAAUUGCGAAUUCAAAGACGAAUUUAACAGAUACGUAGAGGUUGAACUGGAAAAAUGUGCUAAAAUCGCAGCCCAUUUGCCUGAAAGUCCACAGGAGUACGUACAAAAUGUGCCUAUCAUUACUGAAGAAGUACGCGUGCCGAAGCGUCGGAUAAAUAUAAAAAAACAAAAUAAAAUACGCAGGAGUUUUAAAUCCAGAAGGUCUUUGAGCAUGGGUGUGGACGGAAGGGCAUGCCAGCACGAUUGCCCAACCUACUGCACCGACGUCUACGUGCCCGAGUGCGCGUUGUCCAGCAGUGGGCAACAAAAGGUGUUUCUCAACCACUGCAAACUGGACUUGGAUUCUUGCUUACGUGAUACUGUGUGGUACCGUCGUCCGCUAUACGAGUGCGUUGGUCGCAAGCGGACCCAGGUGGAGCAGAACAGGGAAUUCAUCGUCUGGAUGCAACGAUCAGGACUUAUUGAUAAGAAGGGCAAGUUAAUCAAGUCUUAAUGCUAUUUACAACCAAGCAAACACGAAUUCACACCUGUAUAAGUCAAAAUGAUACA